UCGCCCUUCAACUGAAACUGCAGCUGCUGAGGCGGAGCUGAGCUCGGAGCUGCAACAAUGGCGGUCUCAUAUUCUCUGACCGUGUCUCCCCUUCACGCGACCAACGGAGCUCAUCUAAGCUCGUGCUGUUCUUCUAGUUCUAAGCUUCAGUGGUUCACUACCCCUCUGAAGCCAACGAAGAGGCAGUCUCGCUUCGUCGUUCUUGCUCGGAAGUCGGGGGAAGGGCUGGUGACCGAGAAGAAGAAGAGGGAGCUGCUUCAGAGCUAUGGUCUCAAUCCGGAUGAGUUCUUAUCCGAUCCCUCCCCUAAGCCAAGAAGGGGAAAGGAUGCGCCGGAGAUGGGAAGAGGCAGUAAAGCUCGGACGGAGGACUCUCCCCCUCCGCGAACUACCCAUAAACUCCUUCAGGUGCUCGGGGGAACGGCUCGAAGAAAGAAGUUACUUUCACCCAAAGGCAUGGAUGUGCGUCCUAUGAUGGAAGUGGUAAAAGGUGCAGCCUUUGCUAUACUGCAGGCAGCUGGUGGCUGUCCUGCAUCAUUGAGACCUGGCCGGUGGUUGGAUCUGUAUAGUGGUACAGGCUCUGUCGGUAUUGAAGCCAUUAGUCGCGGUUGUUCCCAGGCACACUUUGUGGAGAUGGAUCCUUGGGUUGUCUCUGAUGUUUUACGCCCAAACUUGGAGUGGACUGGAUUUCUUGAAGCCGCUGUUAUACAUACAGUUCGUGUUGAAGAUUUUUUACAACGGGCAGACCAAAUUGUUGGUAAAGAUGGACCUUUUGAUUAUAUCAGUGUGACACCCCCAUAUACACAAGUCGAUUAUGGAGUUCUGAUGGACCAAAUAUCAAAGUCAACAUUAAUGGGAGAAGAUUCUUUUAUCGUGGUGGAGUAUCCUUUAAGAACUGACAUGCUGAACACUUGCGGAUGCCUUGUAAAGAUAGCUGAUCGACGUUUUGGUCGAACACAUUUGGCAAUUUAUGGUCCCCAAUGGGCUGAGAAGAAGAAGAAAUCAAUUAACUCUGGAAGACUGUUUAAAAAUCUUAGGGAGUGAGCAUAACAUGAAGGUGAUGGUGUUGCUUUGAAUGCGAUGUAAUAUCCAUAAGGGCCAGAUGAUAUCCACAGUGGCACGUGUAGUGUUAUGGUGAUGCUGCAUUAGCAGAGGCUUGUGGUCUAUUCUACUCGUCUAAUAAAUGAAUCUGCAAGAAGUCACAUGCUUCACGGCAAAGCUGAAAGGGAUGGGUCUAGCCCAUGCAUCACUUUUCCAGAGAAUCUGAGGUAUCCUUUAAGGUUAUGUUCCAAGGAAACAGUUCGAGAGUUGAUGCUGCGCGAACUUGAGACAUUUGUUGAUGUGAUUGAUAUGCUUACUAUCAUGUUGUAUUGCUAUAGGAUAACCCUAGUCAGAAAUCUGACAGUACAUAGAUUUGUCGGACUGGGGAUAAUUGGGUCUGGCUUGUAAAUCGCGUAUGUAGUUGUUUUCAAACCCAUCAUUUGUUUAUCAUGGAAAAGUUGAAACUCUUGCUGAUAGUGACUUCAACAAGUGAUAAGUUGAUCGCAAAAGUUUCUUUCUGCCGUAA